UGGAUGAUUGCGAGAAGGUUAGUAAUUAUUUCUAAUGUUUAAUUGCAUAUAUGAAAUUUAGAAUAGAUAUUGUUUUCACCUAUAAUAUAGUAGAUUUUUUUUGCCCCAACUCAUAUAUAUUGUUUUUCUAACUUUACAGCUAUUUAUUCCAAUGCAUGACGAAUGCCCUGGUCAUUGGUAUCUGUGCGUCAUUGACUUCAAAAACUCUCAUACCCAAAUUUUGGACUCAUUACAAUCGAAGAAUCGAGACAAGUUCCGGUUUCAGAGUGUCAAAACAGUGGUUGAAUUUUGUCAAACGUUCUUCAAACUAUCUGACAUAGGGAAAGAUGUCUUCCAAUUCUCCAUUGAUUGGGCUCCUUCGAUUCCGACCCAAGAGAAUGGGUGGGACUGUGGAGUGCAUGUCAUUAGACAUAUGCAGAGAUUCAAAAAUGGUGAUCCGAUGACGAGCUCCGACUUUUGUAAUUCUAUGAAAAUACGUCGAGAAAUAGCAUGUGAUUUAGUUUUACACGAGGGAAAUAGAGAAAAACAAACCAUUGUGGCUAUUGUUUGUACAAAGACGUCGACACGAGCAAUGAAAAAAUUAUUAUUAUGAUA